AACGAACUGUAAAUGGGGUUCAUUUACUCACUAAACUUUGUCCUCAUGACAAUAAUGUAUUAUGAGGUGCCUUCGCAUUUUCGCAAAACGCUUAAAACUCAUCCUUAAUUACCCCCAAUCUAGUGAAUGUGUCUAUUACUGGCGCUUGACCUACUGUAAUUUAUAAAAAUAUGGCGGAAACGGCUUUGGACGGGAUCCUUUCCAUGGACAUGGGCGAGAGGGUGGUGGUGGUGCCAGGGCUGGAGGACGUCGUGGCGACAAUGCAGCGUUUUGUGUGGCAAGACUACGUAAUGUUUGUUAUCAUGCUGAUGGUAUGUAUGGUGAUUGGGGUGUAUUUCGGGUUUUAUCACGCUUCGACUAAUGCACAAGAGUACCUCAUGGGGAGCAGGAAUAUGCAGAUUUUCCCCAUCACCAUGUCGCUAAUUGCAAGUUUCGUGAGCGGAAUAUCAAUUUUGGGAAUUCCCACCGAAACGUAUUUAUUCGGAGUGCAGUACAUUUAUUGCCUAAUAGGACUCGUGGUAAUGUCACUAAUAAUGAACUACAUUUAUCUCCCGGUCUUUUAUGGCCUGACUCUCACCUCCACCUACGAGUACCUUGAACGACGAUUUGACAAACACGUUCGUUUAUUUGGAUCACUGUUGUUUACAAUCAACAUGACAGCCUGGUUACCAAUAGUCAUUUACGUACCAGCACUGGCCUUCAACCAAGUUACCGGAGUCAACGUCCAUUUUAUCACACCCAUACUGUGUAUUAUUUGUAUUUUUUACACAUCUCUGGGUGGUCUUAAAGCAGUUGUUUGGACCGACGUGAUCCAAGCUGUGAUUAUGUUCGGAGCUAUGAUUUUGGUUGCAGUGAAAGGAACGCUAGACAUUGGCGGUUUAAACACAGUCAUUACACGUAGUCUAGAAAGUGGACGCAUCGAAGGACCAAAUCUAGACUUUAGUCUUUCGACGAGAUAUACGUUCUGGUCGUUGACAAUCGGCGGAUGUUUUUACUUCCUUCAAGUAGCUGCCAUUAAUCAAAACAUGAUUCAACGAUACUUGGCUCUACCUUCGCUCAAAUGUGCCAAAAAAGCGGUUUGGUUUUUUGCUUUGGGUUUGUGUGCAAUUGUCGUAGUUUGCAGUUAUUGUGGAAUUCUGAUUUAUGCCACUUUUCACAACUGUGACCCUUUAACAACCAAACUUGCUAGGGAAAAAGACCAACUUAUGCCCCUGCUAGUUAUGCAAGUUUUGGGGGAAUACCCCGGGCUUUCGGGGAUUUUUAUUGCAGGAAUAUUAAGUGCCUCUCUGAGCUCGCUAUCAACCGGCCUUAACGCAAUGGCUGCUGUGAUCCUGGAAGAUUUUUAUCAUUUUUUCUUCACGCGGAAACUAACCGAAGAGCAGUCGUCCGUUGUAAUGAAACUAACAGUGAUCAUUUUUGGGGCGAUUUGUGUCGGUUUAGUUUACAUUAUUGAACAUCUCGGGGCUGUUUUACAAAUAAGCAUGAGUAUUGGUUCAAUAGCAAGCGGAUCAUCACUAGGUAUGUUCACAAUGGGAAUCCUCCUUCCAUGGGUGAAUGCCAAAGGGGCUUUAAUAGGAGGAACAACGUCUUUAAUUUUCAUGGGUUGGGUGGGCUUCCAAGCCCAGGCUUCCAUAGCCGCCGGCGAUUUAUCAUUUCCUGAAAAACCGCUAACAACUGAGGGUUGCCAUUACCACUUUAUUCCCAAACAAUCUGUUGCUGUUAAUAUUCACAUCAAUGCCACUGAUUUCGUGCAUCCUGAAGAAAAGUUUAUUUUGCAUCAUGUGUCGUAUUUAUGGUACACUUUAAUGGGGACUUUCGUUUCGGUCGUUAUUGGUUUAUCAGCAAGUUUUAUUACAAAGCCUUUAGAUCCACGUGAUGUCGAUCCGGCUCUAAUAGCGCCGAUCUUAAAAAAAAUUAUAAAGCCACGUGAGUUUCCAAACGAACCCGGAGACGGCAUAAUUUAUGCUUUUGAAACACCUGAGAGAAAAAACGUGCCACUUCAAACAAUUUCACAGCCUGAGUAACGACAAGCAAUAAAAUUCGUAAUUAUCUAAAAUGUCUCAUUAUAAAAUUUUGUAAAUUGCAAUAAAACGCAAGACUUUU